AUGUCAAUUUGUUUAUCUUUCUCUCUUACUCCCAGUCUUAUUAUUGUUCAUGCCUACAUAAUCUCUUUCUCUUCAUUAUCUAUCUAUUUAAAUAUAUGUUCAGAUCUAUCUCAGUCUUUUCAUAUCUAUCUAUCUAUCUAUCUAUCUAUCUAUCUAUCUAUCUAUCUAUUACGGAAUCUAAUGCUUUUGCUAAGUUGCUGCUAUAAAUUUCGCAAAACUAACCUCUCUGAAUUUCUUCCCCUAAUUCCGUGUGAAUUCGUAGGGACAACCCCACCUCUCUUUCUUUCUUUCUUUCUUUCUUUCUUUCUUUCUUUCUUUCUUUUUUCUCUCUUUUUCUAUCUGUCUUUCUUGCUUUCUCUUUCUUUCAUUCUUUCUUUUUCUCUCACUUUUUUCUUCCUGUCUUUCUUCAUUUGUUCUUUCUUUCUUUCUUUCUUUUUUCUCUCUUUUCUUUCUGUCUUUUUUGCUUUCUCUCUCUUUCUUUCUUUCUUUCUUUUUUCUUACUGUCUUUCUUCAUUUGUUCUUUCUUUCUUUUUUCUCUCUUUUUCUUUCUGUCUUUCUUUCUUUCUCUUUUCUUUCUUUCUUUCUUUCUUUCUUUUUUAUCUUUUUUCUCUUUUUCUUCUUCUUCACAUUUUCUUUCUUUCUUUUCUUUCUUUCUUUCUUUUUCUUUUUUCUUUCUUCUUUUGCUUUCUUUCUUUUUUCUUUUUUCUUUUUUCUUUUUUUCUUCUUUCUUUCUUUCUUGUCUUUCUUUCUUUUUUCUGUCUUUUUCUUUCUGUCUUUCUUGCUUUCUCUUUCUUUCUUUCUUUCUUUCUUUCUUUCUUUCUUUCUGUCUCACUUUUUUCUUCCUGUCUUUCUUCAUUUGUUCUUUCUUUCUUUCUUUUUUCUCUCAUUUUCUUUCUUUCUUUCUUUCUUUCUUUCUUUUUCUCUCACUUUUUCUUUCUUUCUUUCUUUCUUUCUUUUAUUUCUUUUUUCUAUCUUUCUUUCUUCUUUAUCACAUUUUCUUUCUUUCUUGCUUUCUCUCUCUCUUUUUCUUUCUUUUUUCUCUCUUUUUCUUUCUUUCUUUCUUUCUUUUUCUCUCACUUUUUCUUCCUGUCUUUCUUUCUUUCUUUCUUUCUUUUUUUCUUUCUUUUUUCUACCUUUCUUUCUUCUUUCUCUAUUUUUCUUUCUGUCUUUCUUGAUUUCUCUCUCUAUCUUUCUUUCUUUUUUCUCUCUUUUUCUUUUUUCUUUUUCUAUCUUUUUCAUUCAUUCUUUCUUUCUUUCUUUCUUCACGACUGA